GGAUCGCUCCUCGGGGCUCUUUCUGCCUUCCCCUCUCCCGGGCCUGGAUGUAGCCGGGCCCGGGCCGACUUCGGUUCGCCUCCUCCCGGGCCGGGCUCCCCGCGGGACCCAGGGGCCCCAUGUGAGGAAGACGGAGGCGGGAAGAUGACCUCGAGGAGAUGGUUUCACCCCAACAUUACCGGAGUGGAAGCGGAGAACCUGCUCCUGACCAGAGGAGUUGAUGGCAGCUUCCUGGCUCGGCCCAGUAAAAGCAACCCGGGGGACUUCACCCUUUCAGUCCGGCGCAAUGGGGCGGUCACUCACAUCAAGAUCCAGAACACGGGCGACUACUAUGACCUCUACGGGGGGGAGAAGUUUGCCACGUUGGCGGAGCUGGUCCAGUACUACAUGGAGCACCACGGACAGCUCAAGGAGAAGAACGGGGACGUGAUUGAGUUGAAGUACCCGCUCAACUGUGCGGAUCCCACUUCUGAAAGGUGGUUCCAUGGUCACCUGUCUGGAAAGGAAGCGGAAAAGCUGCUGACGGAAAAAGGGAAGCACGGCAGCUUUUUAGUCCGCGAGAGCCAAAGCCAUCCGGGGGACUUUGUGCUUUCCGUCCGGACCGGGGAUGACAAAGGCGAGAGCAAUGAUGGGAAGUCCAAAGUCACGCAUGUCAUGAUCCGUUGCCAGGAUAUGAAGUAUGACGUUGGAGGAGGGGAGAAGUUUGACUCCUUGACAGACCUGGUUGAGCAUUACAAGAAGAACCCAAUGGUGGAGACUCUGGGGACUGUCCUUCAGCUGAAGCAGCCUCUCAACACCACCCGCAUCAACGCAGCUGAGAUUGAGAGCCGGGUGCGAGAACUGAGCAAGUUGGCUGAAACUACCGACAAAGUGAAGCAAGGCUUUUGGGAAGAAUUUGAGACUCUCCAGCAGCAGGAAUGUAAGCUCCUCUACAGCCGGAAAGAAGGGCAGCGCCAGGAGAAUAAGAACAAGAACAGAUACAAAAACAUUUUGCCUUUUGACCACACCCGGGUUGUCCUUCACGACGGCGAUCCAAAUGAGCCAGUUUCGGAUUAUAUCAAUGCCAACAUCAUCAUGCCGGAAUUUGAAACCAAGUGCAACAAUGCCAAGGCCAAGAAGAGCUACAUCGCCACCCAGGGCUGCCUGCAGAACACGGUGAACGACUUCUGGCGGAUGGUCUUCCAGGAGAAUUCCCGUGUGAUCGUCAUGACCACAAAGGAAGUAGAGAGGGGGAAGAGCAAAUGUGUGAAGUACUGGCCGGAUGAGCAGGCCCUGAAGGAAUACGGUGUGAUGCGCGUCCGUAACGUCAAAGAGAGCACGGCUCACGACUACACACUACGAGAACUCAAGCUCUCCAAAGUUGGGCAGGGCAACACCGAGCGGACAGUGUGGCAGUAUCACUUCCGGGCUUGGCCUGACCAUGGGGUGCCCAGCGAUCCUGGCGGCGUCCUGGAUUUUCUAGAGGAGGUGCACCACAAGCAGGAGAACAUUGCAGAGGCUGGUCCGGUCGUCGUCCAUUGCAGUGCCGGAAUCGGUCGGACUGGGACGUUCAUUGUGAUCGACAUUCUCAUCGACGUCAUCCGGGAGAAAGGGGUGGACUGCGACAUCGACGUCCCGAAGACCAUCCAGAUGGUGAGGUCCCAGCGGUCAGGGAUGGUGCAGACCGAGGCCCAGUACCGGUUUAUUUACAUGGCCGUCCAGCACUACAUCGAGACGUUGCAGCGCCGGAUUGAGGAGGAGCAGAAGAGCAAGCGGAAAGGACACGAGUACACCAACAUCAAAUACUCCUUAGCGGAUCAGGCCAGCGGAGACCAAAGUCCUCUCCCGCCGUGUACUCCCAGCCCGGCCUGUCCCGAGAUGAGGGAGGACAACGCCAUGCGAGUUUAUGAGAACGUCGGUCUGAUGCACCAGCAGAAAAGCUUCAGAUGAGACGACGGCGAGAGUUUCCACGUGAGGAAGAAUUGAAAUGCCGCUCUCUCUCUCUCUGUCUCUCGUUUUUUUUAAAAAAACAAGGAAGCGAAACAAGCUGGGCUCCGUCCCUUGAAGACCUCUGCCUAGAGCCUUCUUCUUAUUUAUGACGUUUUAACCCUUCAAUAAUAAGCGGAACUUAAGAUCUCCUUUCAAAGAAACUCCUAAUUCGUUUUCUUUAAAAAAAACAACUCUCGUUUUUACAACUGAUUUUUGUUUUUUGUUGAUGCCGUUUUCCCUCUGGAACAUACGAUUAUUAUUUUUAUUUUUAUUUUUGCCUCCAAUGCAGACCAAUACUUUGUUGUACUUGAACGUUGUUGGGUUUUUUUUCCUUCCCCCCUUUCUUUCUGUCCUGGACUCAAGAGGCUUUUCUUUUAUUUUUUUUUUGAACUGUUCCAAAUUUGUUUUUGUUUUUUCAAAGCUAUCUCUUUCCCUUAAAAUAUAUAUAUAUAUAUAUAUAUAUAUCAGAAAAAUAAGUUGUGGGACAACUGAUACUUUGGGGAAGAAACCAGUUAUGUUAAUCAGGAGGCAUCCAGGGCCGUUUCCAAGCCAACUAACUCUCUGGAAGGCGGUCUGGCUGUCCACAGAUUUGAUCAAGUUUCUAGUCCUCGUGAAAUUCCACGCUGGGGGUCUUUUUUUUUUUUCCUUGUUCCUUGAAACGAUAAAUUCUAGAACUUCCAAUGAUGCGUUUUUGCACCAGAUUAAACCGGUUUUUUUAGAGCCUGUUCCGUCGGCUGGCUCUUUGCUGUCGGGGCGAGGGGGGGCACUUGGGGGUGGGUGGGAUUUCAGCCAGGAGGGAUAUCCUGACACCCUCCCUCCCCCUCGGAUGCUUAGUGACUUCUCCAAAGGAUCAUCACCUCUCCACGAAUCCCUUGUGAGCAUUCCUGGAUUCACCCAGGCCUCCGUCAUAUCAAGAAGAAGAGGAAGAUGAAGAAGGAUGAAGAAGAUGAUAAGCUGAUUUUUUUUGAAGGGGGGGGGAAUGUCUGAAUGGAGCUUCGGAACGACUCACCCUGUCUGCUUUUCCAAUUUCCACCACAUCGUCUUCAAAGGACAAACGGGGGUCCCCCAUCCAGCUUUUGAAAGAGAGCCCUCUUUGGUGGGUCUUUUUUCGUCUGCUCCCCCCAAGCCAAAUCCAGCUGGUGUAGCGAUGCCCAGCAUAGGGCUAUUACGCACCUCAAGCCAGUCGCCUUCUUCAUGGUGGACAGCAGGGUGGAGAAGGAGAUUUGAGGUGGGAAAAGGAAGUCCAGGGGUCUCUCUUGGCUGGCUGGGUCGGUGGGUUGGGAUGCUGCCCAGAGAGCAGGAACCAGCAAUCUCGAGAGUUUCUGGGUGUUUGAGGAGGGGGUCCGCAGAGGGUUGCUGUUUCUUUCCAGGGUCUCUGCGCCUGGACAGUCUGAUAAGGAGGAACCUGGCUUCGUUGUGGUUUUAAGGCAAGGAUCCCCAACCUUGGCCGCUUUAAGACUUCAACGCCCAGAAUUCAUGCUGGCUGGGGGAUUCUGGGAGUUGAAGUCCACAAGCUUUAAAGAGGCCAAGGUUGGGGCCCCCUGCUUUAGGGGAUGCUCGCUUGUUUUUGAAGUCAGCGCUGCUCAAAUCGGCUUCUUGUCUGGGCUGCCUGGUCCUUGUGCUCACCACAAUAGUCCCAACCUCCCUUCGGCACUUGGGGAAAAAGCCACAAAGGCCAUUUGUGGGUCUCUUGCUUCUGCUCUAACUUCCCUGCAGAGCUGGGUUCCCCCCCCCCCUCUUUUUAUCCAGCUUCUGUAAUCUAAUCGUGGGAGGAUCGAGCCCCAAUUAUGGUGUGAGGGGGUACCUGUUGUUCUUUUGCCUCCUCUUUUCUUCUGGUUCUUUCCUAAGACGUUGCUCCUCCUCUUCUUCUGUGGCCUUUCCAAGCGGUCUCCUUUCCUUCCUUUUUAAUUUAUGAACACCCUUGUGACUUAAAAGAAAAGAAAGCAAGCAAACAAAUGCAGAGGCCUCCGUGAGAGGAGACUUGUGUAUUUUUCCCCUGGCUAGGAACAGCUCUUCCCCUCUUAUCCUUCCUCCUCCUUUCCGAGCAGCGUAUGAAGUAUUCUACCCAGAGUAUUACAUGAAAUGUAAACGUAAAUGGAGAUUUUUUUAAAAAAAAUAGGCAACUCUUUCCUUGAAAAGGGCCUGCCUGUAAAGAACAUUGUUGGUUUGUACACCAAUCAAAGUGCAGGCUCCCACGUUCAGGGAAGUGGGGGGGGGAAGGGGGUGUUUCCCAGCUGAUGUGAGACCUGUUGGAAUUGGGGUCAUGGCUUAAGGGGCUGGUGGGGUCUCCCCAGCUGUGGCCCCUGUUGUAGCCCCCCGUCCGCUGCCUUUCGGCUGCCAAUCCCCUAGGCGGUUCCGUGGCGGUUUGGCGCGUGCCAUUCAUCAGACGACCAACCGACCGAUCACGUCCAGGAAAAAACAAACCUCCAGAUGUCUGUUUGUGGACUCUUAUUUAUGGGUGUUGAGUGUAGCUGCGUUGCUGGCUGUGCUGAGAAUUUUUUUUUAAAAAAAAUUGCGCCAAGGCUUCUCGGGAGUACAAAAAACAAAAAGCGCUGUUUGUAAAACACCAGAACUUAAUAAAUGAGUAAAUAAAUAAAUACAUUUUCUUA